CCCACAAUCAAUCCCCCCUUUCUUCGUUCCCCAAAAAAGGUUUCACCUUUCUUCGAUUGAUCCGAAGCCCAGAUCCUUGUUUUGAUCUGUUCCGAAGAAGAGAGAAAAUAUUAGAAGGGUCUCGAUUCUCGUUUUCCCCCCAUAGCAAGCGUGUUCUUCGAAUCUGGGAACUGGAUGUAGAUGUUCACACAAAUAUAUGGGAGAAAAGUGUUCCAAGACUCGUCAGGGUGACGACUCAAAAGGGUCAGACGGAGAAGUCAGCGUUUCUUUCAAAUCCGGAGCUGACAGAUUUGGACCUUUGGGUUUCAACACGAGGAGAUUUGGAGAUCUCUGCGGUAAAUUAACAAGUGAUCCUUGUGUGAUCAAUUCCAUCACUGGAUCUAAAGCAUUCAUCUCAUCUUCAUCGCUGGAGCGCGGUUGCGAUUGUGUUGCUGGUCUGGAGUGCCUUCUAGAUAUAAUCAGGGCCCUUAGGAUGGGGUCCUGCUUGUCUGCAGAGAGCAGGAGUCCUGGUUCACCUGCUUCUCCUGCUUUCAAUGUGAGGAAGAGGAAGAACUCGAAGAAGAGACCCGGUUCGAGAAACUCCUCAUUCGAUUACAGGAGAGAAGAGCCUCUGCAUCGGAUUCCUGGGCGGAUGUUCUUGAAUGGAUCUAGCGAGAUCGCUUCACUCUUCACCCAACAGGGCAAGAAGGGUCUGAAUCAGGAUGCCAUGAUUGUUUGGGAGAAUUUUGGAUCAAGGGCAGAUACAAUCUUCACUGGAGUAUUUGAUGGGCAUGGUCCAUAUGGUCAUUUGGUUGCAAAGAGAGUCAGAGACUCGCUUCCUCUCAAAUUAAGUGCUCAUUGGGAAGCGAAAGCACCCGUUGAGGAUGCUCUCAAGGCCGGUAUGAACUCCAAAGAUGCUGCUUUUGUAUCUGCUGAAGAAGAAUCCAGGCCUUCAGUUGACCUAGACGAUACAGAAGACUGUCCUGAAAUUUUUCGAACUCUGAAAGAGUCGUUUCUCAAAGCUUUCAAAGUUAUGGACAGAGAGCUUAAAUUCCAUGCAAACGUGGACUGUUUCUGCAGUGGGACAACGGCAGUAACUUUGGUCAAGCAGGGUCGGUAUCUAGUUGUUGGAAAUGUCGGGGAUUCAAGAGCUGUGUUGGGCACGAGGAACGAUGAAAAUGCUCUCGUUGCAGUUCAGCUGACUGUGGAUCUCAAGCCAAAUCUCCCAGCUGAGGCAGAAAGAAUAAGGAAGUGCAGAGGACGAGUGUUUGCUCUCCAGGAUGAACCCGAAGUUUCCAGAGUUUGGCUGCCGAAUAAUGACUCGCCUGGGCUUGCCAUGGCACGUGCUUUUGGUGAUUUUUGCCUCAAGGAUUUUGGCCUCAUCUCUGUGCCUGAUGUAUCUUUUCGACGUUUAACUGAAAGGGACGAGUUUAUCGUGUUGGCCACUGAUGGGAUUUGGGAUGUGCUCUCAAACGAAGAAGUUGUGGAGAUUGUGGCUUCGGUUCCAGCACGUGGCUCUGCGGCUAGAGCCCUGGUUGAGACUGCGGUUAGAGCUUGGAGAUACAAAUACCCAACUUCCAAAGUCGAUGACUGUGCCGUCGUUUGCUUGUUUCUGGACUCCAACUCGAUGGUGACGUCUACAGCUUCAGUUACGGGACCGAAAAGGCAACAAGCCAAACCAGAGCAUGAGAAUGGCACUGGAGCAUCUGAACCAAGUGGGCUUGGGCGUUCAGGCACGGUCAGAACUGGCAAAGAGAUUGCCCUUGACGAGACCGAAGCAGAAAAGCUGAUACAGGACGAUAACAUGGAUUCAGAACACGGUACCGAGUGGUCUGCGUUGGAAGGAGUUGCAAGAGUUAAUACCCUUUUGAACCUGCCAAGAUUUGUGCCUGGAAGUGAAGGGAAAGGCAAGUGAUGAGGUACUGUUCUAUUCUUUUUCUUUCUUGAAAUCUCUAUGUUAAAAAAUUCUUUCGGGUCCAUUUCAUUGGCCGUGGCAUUGUCUCCAAAGUCCAAACUCAAGAAUUUUUGUCAUUUGUCAUGUCUUUUGUCUAUGUCUGUCUUGUUGGUGCAUAUGCUGUUUCAAGUUUUGUCACCAGAGAGGAAGGAACAUCAUGUAGUAGUGGUCUCUGGGUUGUUUGUCCCCUGUAUGUCUGGAGAUUCUCCCCAGCUUUAUUUGCCUGUCUGGUGGUGGAUUUC